AUGACUUCACCAAAGGUCGCUUUGAUUACCGGCGCCUCCAGAGGCGUCGGCGCAGCAAUUGCAAGAUGCCUGGCCGAGCAUGGCAUGAACAUCGUGAUCAAUUACAACUCUGACCCUGCCCCGGCCGAACGAUUACUCCAGGAGCUGAGAGCUUCGAAUCAGGCCAAGGGACCUGGCGCAAAUGGUUCUCAAUAUACAGCAAUCCAGGCGAAUCUGGCCAACCGAAGCGACAUUCAGCGGCUCGUGCAGCAAACCAUCCAGACCAUGGGCCGGUUAGACGUGGUGGUUUCCAACGUCGGCUGGACGCGAAUGACCGACUUUAUGAACCUGGAGGAAGCAGAUAGCGAGGCGGACUGGGAUAAAUGCUUCUCGAUGAAUGUCAGGAGUCAUUUUCAGCUUUUCCGGGCUUGUCAGGAGCAUUUAGAACGAAGUGAAGGGGGGUUUAUUGCUACAGCUAGUGUUGCGGGGGUCAAGCCUAGUGGAAGCUCAUUGCCAUAUGCCGUGACCAAAGCGGCACUCAUACAUCUCGUCAAGAGUUUGGCCAUCAUUGCCGCACCAAAGAUCCGAGUCAACUCGGUGUCGCCAGGGGUGUUGCUCACAGACUGGGGUCUUCAGUUCCCGGAGGAGAAGCUCAACGCCGUGAAAGGAAAGAACUUGCUUAAACGAUUUGCGACUCCAGAGGACGUUGCCGAACAAGUCAAAGUAUUCGCUACGUCCAGAUCCAUGACGGGGAUAAAUGCAGUAAUAGACGCAGGUUUCUCGCUAUGA